AUGAAGACCACAUUCUACCUAAGUUUGCUGCUGGCUGGGUUUCACACUGCUGCCCACAGUCAGCUCCCACCCAGUGACCACAAUGGACAUGACCCAAAUGACCCUAAACACCACAUACAUCAUGGAGGUGAAGCGAUGGCUUGCCUCAGACUUGUGCCAAACAAUGCUGACUUUGCAUUCCAGUUUUUUAGGGAGGUUGCACAGGAGGCACCAAAUAAGAACAUUUUCUUCUCUCCUGUGAGCAUCUCCACUGCCUUUGCAAUGCUGGCCCUUGGGGCUAGAUCAGCCACAAAGUCUCAGAUCCUGGAAGGACUCGCCUUCAACCUUACAGAGAUUCAGGAGAAGGAGAUACAUGAAGGCUUCCACAACCUAAUCCACAUGCUGAACCAUCCUGAGGGUGGAGUCCAGCUCAACAUGGGGAACGCCAUCUUUGUAACAGAGAAGCUGAAACUCCUAAAAAAGUUUUCAGAUGAUGCCAAGGCUCUGUAUCAGCUGGAUGCCUUUACAACUGACUUUACCAAACCCACAGAAGCUGAAAAGCAGAUCAAUGAUUAUAUAGAGAAGAAAACACAUGGGAAAAUUGCUAAUUUGGUCAAGGACAUGGACCCACAAACUGUAAUGCUUCUGGCUAGCUUUGUUUUCUUUAAAGGCAGCUGGGAAAAGCCUUUCAAACCAGAGCAUACUGAAGACAGGGAGUUCUUUGUGGAUGCUGAAACAACUGUGAAAGUCCCCAUGAUGUACCAGAUGGGCAGAUUUGACUUCUACUUUGAUGAGGAGCUGUCAUGCACUGUGGUACGGCUGCAUUAUAAUGGCAGUGCUACUGCAUUUCUGGUUCUGCCUGCAAAAGGGGAAAUGAAGAGUUUAGAGCAAACUCUGGACAAGGAAACCAUCCAGAAAUGGUCAGACCAUCUCUUCCAGAGAUCUAUGAACUUGUAUUUCCCCAAAUUUUCUAUUUCUGGGAGCUAUGAAAUAAGUAACACCCUUAGGAAGAUGGGAAUUGUGGAUGUGUUCACCAACCAGGCAGAUCUCUCUGGCAUCACUGGCACCCCAGAUCUGAAGGUUUCCAAAGUUGUCCACAAGGCUUCUCUGGAUGUUGAUGAGAAAGGCACUGAGGCAGCAGCAGCAACUGCUGUUGAAAUAAUGCCAAUGUCUCUUCCUCCAAUCAUUGAAUUCAGCCAUCCCUUCCUCAUGCUGAUUUUUGACAGAGAUACAAACAGUACACUCUUCAUAGGAAAAAUAGUUAACCCAACUAGUUGA